UAAUUGCGCAGUUCUAAUUAAAACAAUUCAGCCGAUAGCCGUCAAUUAGUUGCAACAUUAUUCGCGUUAGCGAACGCAUCGCGCGCAGAGCCAGGCGCACAAACACGUCGCGCGCCCGCCAAGCCGACCGAGUCCGCAUAAGUCGCAUUCCGUCCCCGGUCGCCCUGAUUGCAUCACCGGUCACCCAGCGACGAUGCCGGUCAACGUGAAGAUAUCCUUGUGGACGAUCUCGCAAGCGAGCAAACUCUUCCAGCGUAACUACUAUCUGCCACUGCUACGGCCACUUAGCCCUAAGGAUGCUGCCCGCCGCAAGAGCAUCACCGGACAAAAUGUGCUCGGAGCGCGAAUUGAACACUACAUCCCUGUAUUGCAGAAGUAUGAAGAGAAGAUGAAAGAAAAGAAGCAGCGCAAGGGUGCUCCAAUCAUCAAAAAACGAAUCAAACGUAAAGAGAAUGAAAAAUAUGUGACACCUUUCUUUGAUGAGCAUAUGGAUGGACAUCCGCGGCUGGAGAUGCUCUUGUCGCGAAAGGGCAAAGACAAUAAACACUUCUACCUCUAUGAGGUGUUGGACAAAAAAUGUACUCUGGUAAUCAACAGUCAAAUGGAGAAGGCCAUCAAAGACAAAGAUAUUGUGGACAUUAUCAUCGCUCAAAGGAGUGAAAAAAUUGUCGUCAAAAUGGCAGAUGGUAACAAAGUAACAUUACCAUUGGCAAAGUUUGAUGAACCAGGCGUGCUCUAUAGAGGAAGCGGGUAUACUAAAUCUGUUGUUGAGGAACAGCACCAUCAUGGUAAAGGCACUUUCUUCAUGGCUCGAUUAUUUGAAGCUAAAGAAGCAGGUGUAGAAGAAUGGGAACUUGAGAUGAUGAGGAUGGCCUCUAAGAGGAAGAAGAAGGUCAAGGGUGAAGAGUCCGGCGAUUUUAAACUAGUAAUGCAGGCCGCAGCAGAAAACAUGGAUUGGGACCAGUUUGAAGAAGAUUCUAAGCAAAUCCUUGAAGAUGCUGAUCAGAUGGUUGAUGAUGAGAACAUUCCCAUGGCUGUGGACAGUAUGGAAAAGACUAAGCAUGUUAAUCAAAAGCUUAAAGAUGGUGGGGAGGAUGUCAUUGAUCAAUUACCUUUAAUGAGGGAAAUUCCGGAAGUUAUGAAACAAAUAGAAAAUGGAAUGUUGUCCGAGUUAGAGAAUGUUUCCGGUAUUGAAGUACUGAUCAGCGGCGGACGUGUUGUAUUCGUCCCCGGUCAAAUGGUCAAGUCAGAAACCAGUGAGGUAUUUGUCCCUGGUCAAACUAUUGAGUUAGAAGAUGGUACAUGUGAAUAUACUCCAGGUGUAACCAUCAAGGACGAAAACGACGAAAUUAUUUUAAUGCCAGGUUUGAUUUUUGGCGAAGAGGAACAAGAACCCACUUUCUUACCUGGGGAGUCUACCAUUACCGAAGAGGGUCAAUUACAGUUUGAGGCCACUGAAGAUGAUCGCCCAGCGAGAGAACCUAGUCCAACACCACCACCCAAAUCACCAACACCUCCUCCCCCACCACCAAAAGAAAAAUCCAAAACACCAGAAUUAUUUACAAGACAAUUACCUACAAAAAUGGAUCCGAUUGAAGCAUAUGAAAUCAGGAAGAAGAAAGCUGAAGAAGAAGAAAGGAAGAGACGAAUGGAACGCAGCGAAUUGAAAGCUCUUAAAGACGAAGCCGAAAUUGAUAACAUCCGACGUAAAAUUCGCCAAAAACUCAACAACUUUAAGAUAGUAAAACCCGACGAAUACAUACCACAAGAGCCCGUCUUAAAGAGUAAAAAAUUAGAAGAACUGGAAAGGAGUGUUAAUGACGGGUCUUUUGAAGAUUUCCAGACCCGUAUGAUCUUGGAGAAGGUACGCAAUGAAUCACGUCGUGCCCGAGCAGAAUUGCUGCUAAACGUGGUCGAACCUGAAGAAUUCGGAUCAAAUUACGAUCAGAUCGGACAUUAUCCCAAUCCAAAAUUGCAACGUGACUUUUAAUCUAUCCAAACAUAACCUACCAUAACCUUAAUAGUAAUCUAUUCUUUUCUGCCGACAUCAAGGGACAGCCGGCAUCUAUUUGUGCAUGUUUAGGUUUUGGGCCGGCAGCAACGUUGGAAUUCAGCGAGGCUCGAGAUGGAAACCGGAUCGGUCGUUGUCCUACACGGCGCUUAAAAGCGUCGCGCCGCCGCGCGCCGCCUUCAGUCUGCGCUGAGCCGCAUCGCAGCACGACGAGAGCUUACCGCUUGCCUCCGCAUUAUUUUGAACAUUAUGUUGUCUGCUAGCGUGCGCGAGUUUCUGUGCCCGGCUAAAAAUACAGCGAACGAACUUUCAGUCGAAUAAAAUCAAAUUUCAAAUUGUAACUGCAAUCAAACGUAGCUUUGUUCUCUGAUAGUUUAAUUUAAUUUUUGUUGUUUUUUUCUGCUUUAAACCUGCAAUCGAAUUGAAUUGUAUCGAUACUGUUAUAAUACUUAUGGUGUAAAAAACGUUAUUGUGCAAAACAAUAUUUAAAAACUUUAAAACAAAAAAAAAUCGUAAAAGAAAAAAGAAAACGUCAAAAUGAUUAUGAA